AGUUGCUGCAUUGCCGUAUCUCUUUUCUCUCUUAGAAUCACAAAAGUUUUCUUUCUAUUAACAGGCGCUUUAAAGGCACAAACUGCACACCGAUGGGCCGACGUGUUUCUUAAGGGGGACGUGGAGGAGUUUCAGGGCGAGAACAGAGGUGGUAAACACAUGGCCGAGUUCUACGACUACUUUCCAGACUUGGAGGAUGCUGCCAGAGAGUUCACUAUUCGGCGAUGUUCAGAAAAAGCUGCCGAUUUCACAGCCAUUGACCUUGCUAACUUCAUCGACAAGGAGUAUUACCUGACAACAAAUACGUCAAAAGAUUCUCGAUCUCCUUUGAUUCGAUCAAUCCCUUCCUGCCGUCUCGAUCUCAUUCGUUGGGGAGCUCGGUUCAAGGACAACUCCCAACGCCCCUACUUCGAGGGUCACGAGAGGGACGAUGUCAAAGCUCACCGACAGGAGUUCAUCACUUACUUCUUGGACCGCAAGGACUUCUAUUACACGAUCACAGACGGAGAGAAGCCCACUUGGAAGUUGCCAACUCAAAGUCCUCCCUGCAUCUUGCUCUUCCACGAUGAAUCGACGUUCAAAAGUGGAGAGGUGUCGGCCAAACGGUGGUUCUUCGGAGACGAAGCCCCCUUUCACUCCAAGGGACGAGGACGGUCGAAUAUGGGCUCGGACUUCAUUGUUCAACACGAAUCAGGACCAUUCUUCACUCUCUCUCCACAGGAAUACCAGAAGGCUGUCGUGAAAUAUCCGCAGUUGGAAGGUGAGCUUCUUUUAUUUAGGACAGGACCAAACUCAACAUAUUUUUAUUUUGAUAGAGGACACGG